GAAGCAGAUCUUUGCAUCUCCAGUGAAAGCAUCGCCAAGUUUCCCAGAGGAGAAAUCGACAGGAUUUUUGCAGCAGCUUCCAGCUUCUGCGUGCAUCUCUCUGUGUUUUUCUCCAGUGAGGACUCUCUGCCGUUCGAGAUUCUCAGCUCUGGAUGAACAGGUAGUGGGCAUAAGUGUGGGGCUGCACAUCUUAGUCAACUCCUCUCCUUCUUCCUGGAGGAUCCUGACUCUCUCUGGGACACUCUGAGCACGUGAGAUCAGCAUUUCCAGUGGGGCACUGGGAGAAAUUUACCUACAACUCUCUCUCUCGGGAAUCCAAAGGGACCGAAAAGCUCGCUCUGUGGUGAUAUCUGAUUUAGUUGUGUUUGUGUUGAAAAGUCCUUUGGGUGGGGUUUAGAAGUUUCUGUGUGUCUUUCGGGAGGUGUUGUGGUGGGUUUUUUUGUGGGCCAGCUCUAGUGCCAGGGUUUACAAGCCAGUACUUUCUGUGUUUGACACUCUCACGGUGGGAGCCAUGCAGCUGGAUAAUGUCACCAAUGCAGGCAUCCACUCCUUCCAGGGGCACCGUGGAGUGGCCAACAAGCCAAAUGUGAUCCUGCAGAUAGGGAAAUGCAGGGCAGAAAUGUUGGAGCACGUCAGGAGGACCCACCGGCACCUCCUAACUGAAGUCUCCAAGCAGGUGGAGCGUGAGCUGAAAGGGUUGCAGAAAUCAGUGGGGAAGUUAGAGAAUAACUUAGAGGACCAUGUCCCAACUGAUAACCAAAGAUGGAAGAAGUCCAUCAAGGCCUGCCUGGCCAGAUGCCAGGAAACAAUUGCCCAUCUGGAGAGGUGGGUCAAGAGAGAGAUGAAUGUUUGGAAGGAGGUCUUUUUCCGCCUAGAGAAGUGGGCAGACCGCCUGGAGUCCAUGGGAGGCAAAUAUUGCCCUGGGGACCAUGGCAAGCAGACUGUGUCUGUUGGGGUGGGAGGCCCAGAGAUAAGGCCAAGUGAGGGAGAGAUUUAUGACUAUGCCCUCGAUAUGAGCCAAAUGUAUGCUCUGACCCCUCCUCCUGGGGAGGUGCCCAGCAUCCCCCAGGGUCAUGAUUCUUACCAGUGGGUCUCUGUGUCGGAGGAUGCUCCGGUCUCCCCAGUGGAGACCCAGGUCUUUGAGGAUCCCCGGGAGUUCUUGAGCCACUUGGAGGAAUACUUAAAGCAGGUGGGUGGAACAGAAGAAUAUUGGCUGUCUCAGAUCCAAAACCACAUGAACGGCCCAGCUAAGAAGUGGUGGGAAUACAAGCAGGACUCUGUCAAGAACUGGGUCGAGUUCAAGAAGGAGUUCCUGCAAUACAGUGAGGGUACUCUCACUAGGGAUGCUAUCAAAAGGGAGCUGGAUUUGCCCCAGAAAGAGGGGGAACCCCUGGACCAGUUCCUUUGGCGCAAGAGAGACUUGUACCAGACCCUCUAUGUUGAUGCUGAUGAGGAAGAAAUUAUCCAGUACGUGGUAGGCACCCUCCAGCCCAAACUGAAGCGCUUCUUGAGUUACCCCUUGCCCAAGACCUUAGAGCAGCUGAUCCAAAGAGGGAAGGAAGUCCAAGGCAACAUGGACCACUCUGAGGAGCCCAGCCCACAAAGGACCCCUGAGAUCCAGUCAGGAGAUUCUGUGGAGACUGUGCCUCCCUCAACCACUGCCAGUCCCGUGCCAAGCAAUGGGACUCAACCUGAGCCCCCCAGCCCACCAGCUACUGUCAUAUGAGUUAGUUCAAGAGAGGCAGCAGUCUGAGUUACAUGAAAGGGAGGAAGGGGCAUAUUUAGGAAGCUUCUCCUUGGAGAGAGGUUCUGGCUGAGACGAGACAUGAGGUGUGCUCAGUCCAACAGCCCAUAGCAGAGGAACUAACUUUGCUUGUGGGGGGAGGGAGGCUAUGGGGGAGAGGCACCUUAGGAUGUGGUUGCCCACCUCACCUGAGCCAUGCAAUACGGUGGUGCUGGAGAUACUGCUUGCACCACUGUGGGGAAUGGACAAUUUUAUAUGAUCCCUGACAAGAAACUAGAAACAAUUCCCAACUUUAGAAGCAGCUGCUUAGCACUGGCAGCUUUCAAGGACUACAGACAAGUGCAGCAACUGGCUCAGGGUUCCUACCCAUCUGGAUCUCCUCCUAUCCUCCCUCUUCUGAAGAGGUGUCCCUGCCCUGAAAAGACACCUUUCUUUUGACCCUUGCCUAACUCUGAUUUACCACUGGGCUUCUGUUUACUUGGCAAUCUCCUGUUCUUACUUGUUCCAAAAGAUUAAGAUUCUUUUUUAAUUUUAUUUUAAAAGAAAUCCUAUUAC